AUGAAAUUAAUUAAUAUCUGUAUUUUUAUUUUUGCAAUUAUUUGUAUUGAAUCAACAUUUGGUUUUUAUACUGAUAAUUCAAAUGUUAUUAAUUUAACCAAAAAGAAUUUCCAACAACAAGUUUUAAAUUCACAACAAAAUUGGAUGGUUGAAUUUUAUGCUCCAUGGUGUGGACAUUGUAAAUCAUUAAAACCAGAAUAUGAAAAAGUAUCAAAUAAUUUAAAAGGAUUAGUAAAGAUUGGAGCAAUUAAUUGUGAUGAAGAGAAAGAACUUUGUGGUCAAUAUCAAAUUCAAGGUUUUCCAACAUUGAAAUUCUUUUCAACAAAUCCAAAGACUGGUAAAAAAGGUCAACCAGAGGAUUAUCAAGGUGCACGUUCAGCAUCAGAGAUUGCUAAAUUCUCAUUAGCAAAAUUACCAUCAAAUCAUAUUCAAAAAGUUUCACAAGAUAAUAUCAAUAAAUUCCUUACUGGUACCAGCGAUGCUAAAGCAUUGCUAUUCACUGAUAAACCAAAAACCACUGAUCUCUAUAAAGCAUUAUCAGUUGAUUUCUUUAAAACCUUAACAUUGGGUGAAGCUAGAAAUUUAAAUAAAGAAACUUUAGAGAAAUUCAAUAUUGAUAAAUUUCCAACACUUUUAGUCUUUACAAAUGAUGAUGGUGAAACUUUUACAAAAUUCGAUGGUAAAUUAACUCAUUCAACAAUUUAUAAAUUUUUAGAACCAUUCUCAAAAAAAUCAAAUAAUGAUAACAAUAAUAACAAUAAUAAUAAUAAUAAUGAAGAAUCAACAAAAACAACAACAACUGAAAAAGAUCCAGCAUCUGAAAAAUUUAUUGAAAUUAAAGAUGAAAAAUCAUUUGAAAAAUCAUGUUCAACUGGAUUAUGCAUUGUUGCAUUAUUUGAUCAAUCAUCAAUUGAUGAUAAAGAAUUAAAUGAAAAAUAUUUAGAACUUUUAAAUACAGUUUCACAAAAUUUCAUUGGUAGAAUGAAAUUCGUUUGGGUUGAUGUCUCUGUUCAUGAUAAAAUCGUUCCACAAUUCGAUUUAUCUGGAACUCCAAAUAUUUUCGUUAUCAAUAAUAGUAAAAAGAGAUACACUCCAUUCAUGGGUUCCUUCUCUGAUGAAUCUUUAAACUCAUUCUUUAAAUCUGUUUUAUCAGGUCUUAAAAAAGCAAUUCCAUUCACUGAUUCUCCAAAAUUUAAUUCACAACAAAAAAAACAAAAAGAUGAACUUUAA